ACGGAUUUAGAGGAAACCGGAAAAGAAGGCGUCAAAAUUCGCAACUCCACGCCUUGCAAAGUCAGGGGAGGUUCGCAGAACCGCAAGCCGCGCAAGAUUCAACAUUUUUGCUCGUCGAGGGGCAAAUUUCCGGGAACGGAAAGGAAGGGAAGGGAAAGCGGAGAGAGAGAGAGAGAGAGAGAGAAAGAGCUGUAUGUAAUGGGGAUAGUGGCAGGGGUGGGAGUGUUGCUGCCGUUCCCGUUCUACUACUGGCUCUGGACGAGCCCCCAGGCAUGGGUGAACCUCUGCGGGAGAGGGCGGGACCCGAGCAAAGUCAUGGCUUUGGUGGCUCAUGUCCUCAAGCUCCUUCAGCUGCUCUCUCUCUUCUUCGUCUCCUCCCUCUCGUGGCCUCCCCAUCUCUACUUCUGGCCUCUCUUCCUCUUCGGCCAGUUCCUCAAUUUCAGGGUUUAUCAGUUGCUCGGUGAAGCUGGGACCUACUACGGUGUAAGGUUUGGGAAGACCAUCCCGUGGGUUACAGAAUUCCCUUUUGGCUACAUUAAAGAUCCUCAGUACGUAGGAAGCAUCAUGAGCCUCCUUGCCUGUCUAUCAUGGGUACCAUUUCAAUACAUUCUUCUGUGGGUGCUCGGGUAUCUGUUCAUGAUACGUCUUGAGUCGAAGGAAGAUCCUGCCACUCGUGCCAAGCCUCUGUCAUGAUAACGGAUGCUCGCGAUAUCGAGAGAGAGACAACUUUGGUUGUAUUUUGUGAGACAGCCAGAGAUACCCCCAAAAACUCGUUUUCUCUAAUUGUGGUGCAAUUAUGCAAGCAUUGACAUUUUUCUUCCAACCCCUUUUUUUCCCGGUCGUUCUGCAAACCCUUUUUAAUCUGUUGUUAGAUUUCCUUUUCUUUUGGUUUCAGCUAUUGAAACUGGCUCUUAGAAUGCAAUGGCAUUGCUUCAUUUCUUA